AUGGCGGGCGAUGUCGUCUUGCCAGGCCCUGAGCCCGAAAUCAACGUGCAGGAAGCCAUGCCCAGCUAUUACGACGGCAAACACGCCCAAGCAGACGCGCACUACUUCAACCGGCGAGAGUUCUGCUUCACAUUCGGCAACGACAUCUUCGCCAGGUACCAGGCCUUCAAGGACGGCACUGCUCUUCAAGAGGCCAUCCAGCGGCGUUGCCCCUCCAAGAUAGACAUCGGGCCCGUGUACAGCGCGAACCCUCAAGACCGACAAAAGUUCGGGGCGUCCUUCCAGCCGCUGGAGCGUGAGCUGGUGUUUGAUAUCGAUUUGACGGACUAUGAUGAUGUACGAACGUGCGGCAGUGGCGCGCAUAUCUGCUCCAAGUGCUGGCCGCUCAUGGCGGUGGCGGUCAAGAUCAUCGACGCGGGUCUUCGGAGCGAGUUCGGGUUCCAGAACAUUUUGUGGGUGUACUCGGGUCGUCGUGGAGUGCAUUGCUGGGUGUGCGACCCUAGCGCCCGCCAGCUGACUGACGAGCAGCGGUCCGCCGUGGCCAACUGGUUCGCCAUGUACAAGGGCCAUGAGGAGGGCCGAGCCAAGAUCGCCUUCCUGGGCGGUGUGGGGGCCAUGCACCCCGCCGUGGAGAGGGCGGCCCGCACGCUGAGGGCCGCGUGGCUGGAGACGAUCCUUCCCGCCCAGCGGCUACUGGAGGACGGUCCCAAGUGCGAGACGCUGCUGCAGUACCUGCCGGACGAGGGCCUGAUUGAGGCAGUCAAGAAGAAGUGGGCGUCCCGCAGCGUCAUCAGUCGUACGAGUGAGGACAUCAAUUUGGUUCGUUGGCAGGUGUUGGAGACGGAGGUAAACAAUAAGUUGGCUGAGGAGCGCUCCCGGGGCGGCAAGGGAGCUGGCGGAGGUGGCGGGGGUGGCAACUACAAGGUAACGGGCCCCCUGGAGCGCUGUCUCAACGAGAUCAUCAUGGCGCACUCCUACCCCCGGCUGGAUAUGGAGGUGUCCAAGAAAAUGAACCACUUGCUUAAGGCGCCCUUCUGUGUCCACCCCAAGACCGGCAAGGUGUGUGUGCCCCUGGACCCCGAGGAGGUGGAUGACUUCGACCCGGACAAGGUGCCCACGGUGGGCUCGCUGUUGGGGGAGCUCAAGGCGGCGACGGAGGCGGCAGCGGCAAAGCUUGACGCCGGCGGCGGCGAGGAGGGGCAGACCGCGGCGACCGCGGCGGAAGGCGGCUCGAGGCUUGGCAAGUCUGAGGCCUGGCGGCACACGGCGAUGGCCCGGGCGGUGGCUGUUUUCGAGCGCUGCCUCCUAAACGGCCUCACCGCCGCCAACCGCGAGGAGCUGGCUGGAAAAGCGCGCAUGGCCAUGGCGGUGGGCCAGGUGCUCAAUCCACUGGACUUCUAA